GUCCUGCAGAGAGUCAAAGACCAGCACAAAACCAGCAUGAAGAACAAGUAUGGCUGCUUAUUUGAGGGAAACAAACUACAAGAGAAUGAAACCCUCUUGAACAGGAUCUACACACAGCUCUACAUAAUAGAAGGAGAGAGAGAAGGGGUGAAUGAAGAACAUGAGGUUUUACAGAUGGAGAAAUCAUCCAGAACACAACACUCACAACACAAUCCAAUAAACUGUAAUGACAUCUUCAAAGCCUUAUCUAAACCAGGAUAUGAGGAGAAAGAUAAAAUCAAGACUGUUUUUACUAAAGGUAUCGCUGGAAUUGGAAAAACCGUCUCUGUGCAGAAGUUCAUUCUGGACUGGGCCGAGGGAAAAGCCAAUCCGGAUGUAGAUUUCAUGUUUGUGUUUCCAUUUCGAGAGCUGAACUUGAUUCAAGAUCAUCAGUACAGUCUUCACAGACUUCUGCUGGACUUCCACCCUGAACUUCAAGAUCUGGACUCAAAGAUUUAUGAGGAAAGUAAAGUUGUUUUCAUCCUAGAUGGUCUGGAUGAAAGCAGAAUAACACUGAUGUUGUCAGACACUGAGAAAGUUUGUGAUGUGAAUGAGUCUUCAUCAGUGGGUGUGUUGAUGUCAAACCUCAUCAGAGGAGAUCUGUUUCCCUCUGCUCUCAUCUGGAUCACUUCCAGACCAGCAGCAGCCAAUCAGAUCCCAUUCAAUAACAUUGACCGUGUGACAGAAAUUCAGGGAUUUGAUGAGCCUCAGAAGGAGGAAUAUUUCAGAAAGAGAAUCAGUAACGAGUUAAAAUCCAGCAGAAUCAUCUCACACAUCAGAAGAGCAAGAAGCCUCCACAUCAUGUGCCACAUCCCCGUCUUCUGCUGGAUCUCAUCCACUGUGCUUCAAAACCUCCUGAAAGAAGAUCUGAGUGCAGAAAUCCCUCAAACUCUGACUGAAAUGUACAUCCACUUUCUGCUGAUUCAGAUCAACAUGAGGAACCAGAAGUAUGAAGAGAGAGAUCCAGAGAAACUCCUGCAGUCCAACAGAGAAGUGAUUGUGAAACUUGCUGAAGUGGCUUUCAAACAGCUGAUGAAGGGCAAUGUGAUGUUCUAUGAGGAGGACCUGAUUGAGAGCGGCAUAGACAUCACUGAUGCCUCAGUGUAUUCUGGGAUUUGCACUGAGAUCUUUAAAGAGGAAUCUGUGAUUCAUCAGAGGAAAGUCUACUGCUUUAUUCAUCUGAGCGUUCAAGAGUUUCUCGCUGCUUUCUAUGUGUUUUACUGCUAUUUAAGCAGCACCAUGGAAGCCCUUAAGACUUUUGGUUCAAUGCAUCAAGAUCUGGACUCAAAGAUUUAUGAGGAAAUCUUCAUCAGAAGGUGUGUUGAUGUCAAAUUGUCCAGAGAGAUUCAGGAGUUUGUGAAAUCAGACAAACACACAGAGAAGAAACUCUCUCCAUCUCACUGCUCAACAAUCUCCUACAUGCUUCAGAUAUCAGAGGAGCCGCUGGAUGAGCUGGAUCUCAAGAAAUACAACACAUCAGAUGAGGGCAGAAGAAGACUUAUACCAGCUGUGAUCAACUGCAGAAAAGCUCUUCUUGCUGGCUGUAAUCUCACUGCUCAGCACUGUGAAAUUGUGUCAUCAGCUUUACAAUCCUCGAACUCUGUCCUGAGAGAGCUGGACCUGAGUAACAAUGACCUGCAGGAUUCAGGAGUGAAGCUACUCUCUGAUGGGAUGAAGAGUUCAAACUGUCAGCUAGUGAUACUGAGGUUGUCUGGCUGUAUGGUGACAGAGGAAGGCUGUCAGUAUCUGUCUUCAGCUCUGAGUUCAAACCCCUCACACCUGAGAGAGCUGGAUCUGAGCUACAGUCACCCAGGACAAGCAGGAGUCCAGCUGCUUUCUGACAAACUGGAGGAUCCAAACUGCUCACUAAAGAUACUCCAUUUGGACCAUGGAGAGCCUUUCAGGAUCCAACCAGGACUUCGAAAAUAUUUCUGUGAUCUCACACUGGAUCCAAACACAGCAAACACUCAACUCAUUCUGUCUGAGAACGGAGAGGUGAAAUAUGUGGAUCAGCAGCAGCCGUAUCCUGAUCAUCCAGAGAGAUUUAAAGAUAUUCCUCAGGUUCUGUGUCGAGAGAGUCUGACUGGACGCCAUUACUGGGAGGUUGAGCGGACUGGCUGGGCUCGUAUAGCAGUGGCCUACAAAACAAUCAGCAAAGAAGCGACUGUUGGUAAGUUUGGAUACAAUAACAAGUCCUGGUGUCUUUUCUGCACUAUUGAUGGAUUUGUUGUCUGGCACAACAAUGUGAGCAACAACAUUCCUGCUCCUUCCCCCUCCUCUAAAAGAGUAGGAGUGUAUCUGGACGUGUCGGCCGGCACUCUGUCCUUCUACAGCAUCUCUGACACACACACACUCACACACUUACACACAUUCAACGCCACAUUCACUGAACCCCUCUAUGCUGGGUUUAAGGUUUUUGAUUCCUCACUGUCACUGUGUAAGAUCACACAACAGACAAACAACUGA